UGUCCAUAGUAAAACAUCUUGUCCCGUAUAACUAUAACCAAUUAAGGAAAAUACCUCUUUCGGGUGAUAGUGAAACGUUACAAAACCUCGGCAGUUGGAAUUAAGAUACAGUAAAUAAAAUUGAAGCCAUAUAGUGUAGUGAACACUUGCUCAAUUGAAGAAAUACGUUGACGUAAAUGAGUUGCUAAUUUUUGUACAAUGCGUAAUUUUUGUACCUUUUUUAGGUUACGUUGUCAUUACAUCAAUCAAUAUAUCAAACUUUUGUAAUUGAUAACUGACUUAAUUUUCUGUCCACGAGACAGCUUAGACUUCCAAACAUAGAGUAUAUGACGUCAAUUAAUAUUGAUCUAGCAUUGCAAAAGCACCUUUAUUGCCUUGACCUUAACGAUGAAUUUACAUGUGCGUAUCAAAUUUGUAUUCAGAAAGUAUCUGAAGAAGCCUGAUCUGUGAUUUAGAACUGAUGUAAUUUCAUGUAAUUCAAUGUCGUGGAAAAUUUAAAAUUAUAUAAUAUAAAACUUAGUGUAUUUGUUAUACUCUAAUUGUUGUAAUAAUUUCCGUUUAAACUUUGAAUGUUAAGAUAGAUACUCUCUGAUAGACAAGGAUGUCAAAUUCCCAAAGAGUUUUCGAUUAUAAUGAUGAGUCUCAGGCGGAUAAAUUGGCAAGGAAAUCCAAGGACUCCCCGUUUAUGAUAAUAGGUAUAUUGGGAUUAAUAGGUGUUUGCGGCUAUGGUGUUUACCAAUAUAAGCAUAAAGGAAAAAUGAGUACCAGUGUUUUCUUAAUGCAACUCCGGGUCGCAGCACAGGGCACUGUUGUAGCAGCUCUAACUGUCGGUCUAGCCUACAAUUUAGCAAAAGAACAUAUAUUCAAAGAUAAAAAAGAAUAGACAAAAUUUCUUAAGGAAACUAAUACAAUAAACAGCUGUAUGUAACAUUUAAACUGAAUCUAUAAAUUAAAUCUCAAUGGUAAUCUCUUGCAUGAAUCAGUAUCAGGCUUGAAUGUGUCAACAAAUGUAUAAUAAUGCCUCAUUUUCUCUGUAAGAUUCUAAUGUCUCCUGCUAAUAGAUUUCUGCAAAGCAAUUCCAUAUCAAUCACCAACAUUCAUAUAUCAAAUGUAUGUUAUGUAUAUGGUAUGUAAAUGUAAAAUACACUAAAAAAAAAUAUAAAUAAUAAUAAGACAAUGAUUGAAAGAAUUAUUUACCAAAAAUAUAUUUCAUAAUUAUUUGCUUUCUAUAUUUAUGACUUUUAUGGUUAUUUUAAAAUAUUUCAUUAACCUCAAAUUAUGAUUUUUUGCACUGGUUUCUAAAAAUGUAGAGGCAUUAUUGUAUUGUUUCCCUAAUUUAUAUGUUAAUAUAGUUUAGGAACUAAUUUAUGUUCUGUGAUUUAGCUUGUAUUACAUGUGUAACAUGUAUGUGAUCAUGUGUUAUUUAUUUCAUUGUUAGAUCUAAGUAAUAAUCUCAUGUAAACAAAAUUCACACAAAUUAUAGUUAAUUAUAUUUUUUUAAUAAACUAUUAAUGACAUAUGCUAAUAAGGUCAGAUGCAACCUACAAAAAUGAUUAUUUUGCCAUAAUUUUCUAUGUAUACAUAUAAGUAAACAAAAUUAAUUGAUUUUAUCAGAAUAUAACCUAGAUAUUCAUUAUUUUUGUGCCUAAAUAUACUUUGUUUUAUAUAAUUCUUAUAAAUAUAGUGUUCUAUAUUUAAUAAUAUGUAGAUGUAUUAGAAGCCUGGGAAAUUUAUGGAAAAAAUAGCAACAGCUUUUAUUUUAUUGAUCUGUAAGUAAAACUAGAAAACUAUUUAAAGAAAUGUUUUACAAUGUGAUAUUCAUGUUCUGUUUCAAAUUAGAAAUAAAAAUCAAUGAAAUAAUAAAUGUUUUAAAGUUCCAGUCUACAACUUUUAUGUAUUAGUGUCCUUUCGCUUUUUAGAAUGAUUUUGCAUAAUAAUUUAACCAUAGUGGUAGUACAUUACCAGAUAUUGGAUCAUACCAUUACUUUGUAGUCAGAAUAAUUAUUAUUUAUCACUACACUACUUACUACUAAGCAGUUUUUACUGUUUAAUAUUUGUAAUAUUAACCAGUAAAAUCUGGGUUAAGCCGUUUCACUAAUGUAUUAUAUAAACUACA